AUGGAUCCCAAAGGCAGCACCAUGAAUGCAAUCCACGAGGUUUUCAAGAUUGCGAGGGCACAAACUCUCAUUGCGCUCUGUAGUACCGUCCCUGGUUACUGGUUCACAGUUGCAUUUAUUGAUAUCAUGGGAAGAUUUGCGAUCCAGCUCAUGGGAUUCUUCAUGAUGACCGUGUUCAUGUUUGCCAUUGCCUUCCCUUACAACCACUGGAUCAAACCGGACAACCGUAUCGGAUUCGUGGUCAUGUACUCUCUCACCUUUUUCUUCGCCAACUUUGGACCAAAUGCAACCACUUUCAUCGUCCCGGCUGAGAUCUUCCCGGCCAGGCUAAGGUCCACAUGCCAUGGAAUAUCAGCCGCAACAGGUAAGGCUGGAGCCAUCGUGGGAGCUUUUGGGUUCCUAUACGCAGCUCAGCCACAAGACAAGACCAAGACGGACGCAGGAUAUCCACCGGGCAUCGGAGUCAAGAACUCUUUGAUCAUGCUUGGUGUCAUUAACUUCAUCGGUAUGCUUUACCUUCCUUGUCCCUGA